AUGCCUCUCUCAUACGACCCGGACUACUUCAAAUCAUGGGGCCCGAAGCUCGCCUUGAUAGCAGGCGUGCCAAAGCCAGCAUUACACGACAUUGCCGCUCGGCGAGCAGGAUUUGACGGCAGCAUACAUGCAAUGGGGUCCUCUCUUCCGGAUAGCCCAAGGGUGGAAACCGCAGUGCACCAGAUCGACACGCAUGACGGAACUCGGAUUUCCGUGUAUAGCUUCAUUCCCAAGAAAAGUGCCAGCGGCGAAUCUUCAGCUGCCGAUCCAGGUCCAGCGAUACUUCAUUGCCAUGGCGGCGGGAUGAUUCUGGGAUCGGUGGAACUGUUCAAGAAAGCGCUCGCCAUCGAAGCAGGCAUGGUCAACAUGUCCAUUUUCAGCGUCGAAUACCGAUUGGCACCGGAAGCCAAGGACAUGAGUCUCGUGCAAGACUGCUACGCCGGCUUGGUCUGGCUGAUCCAGAAUGCGAAGCAGUUCAAUGUCGAUCCGGCAAGAAUAGCAAUCAUGGGAGAGAGUGCUGGUGGAGGAAUCGCUGCGGGUGUGGCCUUGAUGGCACGCGACAAAAAUCUCCAACCUCCCCUGGCGAAGCAAGUUCUCACUUACCCUAUGUUGGACGAUCGGAAUUUGACCCCGGAUCCUGCUCUUGUGCCGUUCGCGGUCUGGACUUAUGAGGAUAAUAUUACUGCCUGGACGGCCUUGUUGGGAGACAAGGCGGGCAAAGAAGAUGCUGAUGUUUCGUAUUACGCUGCUCCCGCGCGUGCGAAGAGUCUUGCUGGUCUUCCGCCCACUUACUUGCUGGUGGGGGACUUGGAUAUCUUCCGUGAUGAGGUCUUGGAAUAUGCUCGACGAUUGGCGAAGGAAAAUAUUAAUCUCGAACUUCAUGUCUUCCCGGGUGUACCGCAUGGCUUUGACUUGUGGUGUCCGGAGACGGUGGCUGCUCAGACAGCGCUGGCAUUGAGGCAUAGAGCCCUACAUGGAGUUUGA